CGGAUAAACACGCAGCCACGUAAGGAGAGAGAAACGAGCAGCCGGCCAUGGACAUCCUGGGCGCCCUCAAGCUCGCCCCGUCUCCGCCCGCCCUCGCCGGCGCCGCGCCGCCGGCGACGCCUGCACGCUCCUCCGUGCACUUCCACCUCGCCAAUGCCGGCGCCGCCGCCCUCGUCGCCGCCUCGCUCCUCGUCGCCGACCCGUCCCUCGCUUUCAUAGGAGGAGGCCCGUACGGGAAGCAGGUGACGCGGGGGCAGGACCUCACCGGCAAGGACUUCAGCGGCCAGACGCUCGUCAAGCAGGACUUCAAGACGUCUAUACUGAGGCAGGCCAACUUCAAAGGCGCGAACCUGCUCGGCGCGAGCUUCUUCGACGCAGACCUCACAAGUAGUGCUGAUCUCUCUGAAGCUGAUCUUAGAGGCGCCGAUUUCUCACUGGCAAAUUUAUCAAAGGCAAAUUUAACAAAUGCCAACUUGGAAGGGGCACUGGUCACAGGAAACACUUCGUUCAAAGGCGCUAACAUAACUGGGGCAGAUUUUACCGAUGUCCCACUGCGAGACGACCAACGGGAGUACCUCUGCAAAAUCGCUGACGGACUGAACUCAACCACUGGGAAUGCCACAAAGGAGACUCUGUUCUGCAGCUGAUCGAUGAGGCUACUGGGCUAGUGGCUUGUGGAGUUGUGGGACUGAUUUUAGCGAUUGAACCCUGCGCGUAUCGAUUUUCGCAAGCACACGAGGAUUGUAAAUUGAGUUAUAGAGAAGAGGGCAUGCUGUCUUGUAUUUACUGGUAAUUACAUGUAAAUCAACGACAAUAAAAUCCGCGCUACUUGAUGUAAUUCUGGGGUUUUUGUUUCCUGAGAGCGAGUCCUUUUGUUUUCGCGUAAUAAUAUCUAGCAUGCUUGUAUGAACCUUUGCUCCUCCUCUUGUAUGAUUUGGCAGUGCUCCUGCCGUGUUUUU